GCAUGCGCAUCCCACAUUCUGGGAAAGAGGCAGGGGCGAGGCUUCUGGGAAAGGAAAAUGGCAACAUGCCGGUUGUGGCCUGGGGUGGGCCGGCUGUUUACUAUAGAGACUGUACUGGGGCGAGGAAGACGAGCUUACAGCGCGUCCCUGGCUUUUGCAGAGGUUCUACGGCUGCCAAGCAAUCAACGCACGAAGCUCGUGUUCCCGCUGCAAGAACUCCAACGGUUUCUCGUCCCGGGCUCGAACCCAGACCUCCACCUGAAGAUCUUCGACCCAACUCUGGAGGACAUCGCGAGGGCUGAGAGCAUCUUCACGGCAUCCGCCCGGAACCGCAUCGACUACGUCAGCUCCGCUGUGCGUCUCGACCACGCCCCGGACCUCCGCUGCCCUGAGGUGUGUUUUAUAGGUAGAAGCAAUGUUGGAAAAUCGUCUCUAAUAAAGGCUUUAUUUUCAUUUGCUCCAGAGGUUGAGGUUAGAGUCUCCAAAAAACCGGGGCACACCAAGAAGAUGAAUUUUUUCAAAGUUGGAAGAUAUUUUACACUGGUGGAUAUGCCAGGUUAUGGCUAUAGAGCACCUGAAGAUUUUGUCGACAUGGUAGAAGACUAUCUAAAAGAACGGAGGAAUUUGAUGAGAACGUUUUUGUUAGUGGAUAGUGUUGUUGGAAUUCAAAAAACAGACAAUAUUGCCAUAGAGAUGUGUGAAGAAUUUGCAUUACCUUAUGUGAUGGUAUUAACAAAAAUUGAUAAAUCUUCCAAGGGACGUCUUUUAAAACAAGUGCUUCAGAUCCAGAAAUUUGUUGACACUGAAACACAAGGGUGUUUUCCUCAGUUGUUUCCUGUAAGAAGGAUCACUUCAGCUUUAAAACCUGCAUCUUCCCAAAGCAAGAAUGAAUUUGUGCCUGGUGGGGGAAAGGUUUAAAAAUGAUUGAAUUAUACCGUCCAUUAGAAUAGAUACAAGAAGAUUUUUCUGUUUUAACAAACUGACAAACAAGAACAUAUAGAAGAAGUCCAUAAAAUGAAAACCUGUUUGUUUCCUACUGUGUAGACAACGGUUUGCUAUAUUAUUUAUUGGGUUUUUGUCUUUUAAAGAAAAUAUCUAUUACUUAUAUUUUUUAAAAUAUUACAAUGGACUAGGUUAAAAAAAAGGGGCUACUUUUCUAUUGAGCACUGGUAGUUUGAAGAUAAAUUCUCAUAUAUGUAUGGCUAUAAUUUAUCUUUUUUCAGCGUCCUUAUUUGAAUGUAAAAGAAACUAUUCUUGGGAUAAAAUUUCAGUGGAAGCACCAGUCAUUUGAGGCUGGGAUCAGUUAAUUUAAGGUGACCACAGGGUUUGGAAUCAGAAGAUGAAGGUUCAAGUUCCAGUUGUAAUAUUUAUUGUAUGUUGGACGUUGGACAAAUUGAAUUCUCUGAACUUCUUUUGUUAUCUCUUACUUCAGAGGCUAUGAAGAUUAAAAUGUGAAAAGGACAUUUGCAUAUUCUGCAUAUUUGUAAAGUGAAACCAACCCAAAUAUCUAGCGAAAUUCACAGGUAGAUUUAUCACAGAAAACAUCCUGUCAUGGAGGAAAUAACAUUUUAUCUAAUGAAAGGCCAGAAAAAAAGAAAAAUAGCUUUAGGUGAGAAAACUGAUUUGCAAAAAACAAUACCAUCGGAUAAAAAAUUAAGGCUGUUAAACAACUUUGUGGCUUUUUUAGAAAAUUCAAUUCUGAAUAUAUUUUCAGUUUUAUAGUUGAUAGUGCUAGUCUCUUCUAACCAGCAGUGUUUUAAGCUUAAAAAAAAUCUUUUUUAUAUAUGCAUUUGCAAAAUAAAAUACAUAGUAGCAACAAAAUUAUCUUAAAAGUCAUCUUUCUACCCGCCAGUGUUACUUUACUGCUUUUCUUAGCCUUGGUUCUGAUUCCCCAAAAGCAGGACCCGAGACAAAAGCUUGUGUGUAGUAGUUUAUUGAGGAUGUGAUCUCAGGGAACAGGAGUGAUGGAGAAAUGAAACAUGUGGGAGAAAAGACAAUCAAAGAUGCAUUGAGUUGGACACCAUGUAGGCACUAGGGCUUGAAUUUGAGGGACAUGAGGGAGCCUUAUGAAGUAUGCCUCUGAAUUGUCUUUGAAGGGGGGGUUAGAGGGUGGCCCCACACCUCUUCUACACUAUACAUGCCCAAAUACCAAGCAGUUCAUAUAGCUUCUCAGAAGCCAGGAGGCAGGGAGAAGCCUUCAGAACAGAGGCAAGGUGGAUUGCCCAGUCCAACUUGAAACUGGUUUCCAUAGUAAUGGCUGAAGUACGAAGACCAAAGAGGAUCUGAAGUGAUACAUGGGAGUUCUCUCACACUGCACUUAUAAAUGGCCUUACUGUUCUAAUGCCACCAGAAGUCAUUAAAUUGGUGUUCACUAUGACGAUGCUAACAGUAGUUUCUAGUCUAAUUUACUGGCUAAGUUACGGGUUUGUAUAUAUAAGAUUUCACUUUCAAAACACUUGAAUUUGUUUGGAAAAAAUAACAUAGAAUACUAUAUUCCUUACCUAUAAAUUGUCACUUCAUGGCAUAUGAAGCUCUUUACUAUUUUUUCCCAGAAUUUUAAGGAGCAGGAGGUGAGAAAAUGAAGAAAUAUUCUCAAAGGAACAAUUGAUGAAGCAGAAAAAUAUGCUAGGCUUAUAGUCCAAUACAGUUUUACCUCCUUAGACAAUUCACUGAGCUACUGUUUUUUCCAUGAGGGAUAAUCUCUAGUCUAUUCCCGCUGUAAAAGUUUAUGAUUAUUGGACAGUAAUGCUACUUCAGAUGAAGGAACCUAAGCCAGGGAAACUUGCUGGCUUAGUGGAGUCGUGUGCAAAUAAAAGCAGAAGCAAGACUGGACCUUAAAUCUUAAAAGUUAAUGACGGUUUCUAGACUCAUGAAUGAAAUUUCCUUGGUUAUUUUCCAUGUUUUAAGGCACUAAGUAGUUCUACCACUUGGUAGGAAAGCAGGAGAAAUAUAAACAAUAAAAAGUGACUAGAGAUUAAGAACUCAAUUAAAUCAGGAUAUUUAGCAAGGAUUCAGGGCAGAAGAAAGCUAAACCAGAGCUUAUCUAACUGUGCAUUUUGGGGUACUUUGUAUCAAAAUCACCUGGGCCCCUUAUUAAAAAUGCAGACUUCUGUCCCUGUACCCUAGCCAUGUUUAUCAGUCUCUUUGGAAAGGACUCAAUCUGCAUUUUUAAACAACCCAAGUGAUUCUCAAAACAGCAUACAAUUUGAGAACCACUGAUACAAUAGGUAAGUGGGAAAACCUAUAGAAAGCAGACAAGGAAAUGGCCAGAUAAAGAAGAAAAAGGAAAUUUUAAAAUGAUGGGUCCUUGCUAUUCCCAACCCCCACUCCCCAUUUACUGAAGGCACAGAGUAGGUUUUGUAAACCUAAUUCUUCACAUCUUGUUUAAGUCAAAAUUUGACUAUUUAAUAGUCAAAUAUUAAAUAACACAAAGCUAUGAUAAAUGUUUAUUGAACUGAAAUGAACUGUACAAUGUUGUACUAAAGCAGCUCCUCUGAGUCCAAGUGGUACUUUCCAGAUCUUUCCAGACCUCAGCUAUUCUACUUACAACAGCAGAACACUGGAUCAGCUGGUUAAUCACUUAAGAGUCAUAUAAAAGCAUCUAAACGCCCAUUAAAGCAAAAAUAUCAUCAAUGUCA